ACACGCGUCACUUCACGGAAGCAGCCGUUCAUGGCAGCCACGCUUCCACUCUGUGCUGCCCUCCGAUCUCCCGUCUCUUCCCGGAGAUUCGCUCCAAUUCACAAAACCGACGUUCCUUUUCAGUUCAAUGUCGUCCUUUCACCGUUUUUCGGUUCCGUCGCUAUUGGCGGUAGAAUUUUCCCGCGUUUACCGGCGGCGAAGCAGGAGACUGAUCAGGAUGAGGUUGGAUUUGAUCAGCAGCCGUCUCAGGAGCUUGCGAUAGCGUCGGCUUGUUUGGUUGGUGUUCUCACUGGAGUUAGUGUGGUUCUAUUCAACAACUGUGUUCACUUGCUUCGAGACUUUUCCUGGGAUGGGAUUCCUGAUCGUGGAGCUUCGUGGCUUAGAGAGGCACCGAUCGGUUCCAAUUGGUUGCGUGUUAUCCUUGUUCCGACUAUCGGCGGUUUGGUGGUGAGCAUCCUCAAUCAGCUUCGAGAAUCUGCUGGAAAAUCUACUGGAGAUUCUCAUUCUAGUCUCGAUCGCGUAAAGGCAGUGUUGCGUCCUUUCCUUAAGACUGUUGCCGCAUGUGUGACGCUUGGGACUGGAAAUUCGCUGGGGCCGGAAGGUCCAAGUGUUGAAAUUGGAGCGUCAAUCGCUAAAGGUGUGAAUUCUCUGUUCAAUAAAAGUCCUCAGACUGGCUUCUCACUUCUUGCCGCUGGCUCAGCUGCUGGCAUUUCCUCUGGGUUCAAUGCAGCUGUGGCUGGAUGCUUCUUUGCAGUUGAAUCCGUUUUGUGGCCUUCUUCAUCAACUGAUUCAUCAACUUCACUUCCAAACACAACUUCUAUGGUUAUUCUUAGUGCUGUUACUGCUUCUGUGGUUUCCGAAAUCGGUCUCGGCUCUGAACCUGCGUUUAAGGUUCCUGACUAUGACUUCCGCUCUCCUGGAGAACUUCCACUCUAUCUUUUAUUGGGCGCUCUGUGUGGCUUGGUCUCGUUGGCAUUAUCUCGAUGUACAUCAUCCAUGACAUCUGCUGUUGACAGUCUUAACAAGGAUGCUGGGAUACCAAAGGCUGUAUUUCCUGUAAUGGGUGGAUUAAGUGUUGGUAUCAUAGCUUUGGUAUACCCUGAAGUAUUAUACUGGGGUUUUCAGAAUGUGGAUAUUUUGUUGGAGAAACGUCCAUUUGUGAAGGGUCUUUCAGCUGAUCUUUUGCUUCAGCUGGUAGCGGUCAAGAUAGCUGCAACCGCAUGGUGUCGGGCUUCUGGACUUGUCGGUGGAUACUAUGCUCCUUCUCUCUUUAUUGGCGGGGCAGCAGGAAUGGCCUAUGGAAAGUUUAUUGGACUUGCUUUGGCUCAGAACCCUGAUUUCAAUCUCUCUAUCUUGGAAGUGGCAUCUCCACAAGCUUAUGGUCUGGUUGGAAUGGCUGCUACACUUGCGGGGGUUUGUCAAGUUCCUCUUACAGCAGUACUACUGCUAUUUGAACUUACACAGGAUUAUCGUAUAGUGUUACCUCUACUGGGAGCUGUAGGCAUGUCUUCAUGGAUUACAUCUGGACAAUCAAAGAGACAAGAAACUAGAGAAACAAAAGAAACUAGGAAAAGAAAGAGCCAAGAAGCUGUACAGUCUCUGACGUCAUCUGAUGAUGAAUCAUCAACGAAUAACCUUUGUGAAGUUGAAAGUUCUCUUUGCCUUGAUGAUUCUCUCAACCAAUCUGAGGAGCUGCCGAAGAGUAUUUUUGUUUCAGAAGCCAUGCGAACAAGAUUUGCGACAGUUAUGAUGAGCACUUCUUUGGAAGAGGCAUUAACUCGUAUGCUGAUAGAGAAACAAUCCUGCGCCUUGAUUGUUGAUCCUGACAAUAUCUUUCUCGGUAUACUUACACUUUCAGACAUUCAGGAAUUCAGCAAAGCAAGAAAAGAAGGAAAUAAUAGACCCAAGGAUAUUUUUGUUAAUGACAUCUGUUCGAGGAGUGGAGGAAAAUGUAAAGUGCCAUGGACUGUUACACCUGAUAUGGAUCUUCUCGCUGCCCAAACAAUCAUGAACAAGCAUGAACUUUCUCAUGUUGCAGUCGUUUCAGGCAGCAUUGAUGCUCCCAGAAUACACCCUGUUGGGGUCCUGGAUAGAGAAUGUAUCACUCUAACACGCAGGUUUCCCACAUUGGAUGUAGUAGAAGUUAAAUUAGUUAAAAAAAAUUACUUGCAACUUUUUGUUUGCUCAUCAGAGGAAAGGAGUGAGUCGCAAAGUCCAGGCUCUAGCAACCAGAAUGUACCUCCUAAAUUCGCUGUAUCUGUAAAUGGUCUUGCUUUGUAACUCUUCUGAGCUGACCAGGGUGAUUUCAAUUUGUUUCUUCUGUGAGGCUCCGGGCCAAUUUUUGUUCUUUGUAUUAAGAGAUUUGGGGAGAAUGAGUUGGCUGGUGCAGCGUGGAUGUUUUUUGUCUACUCCAUCUGUUGGUUUAAAUGGUGAAGCCCCCAUUUCUCACUUAAGGUGCUGAGCAAUCCAAAGGGAAUCGAAACAUGGAGCGUGGUUCUGAGAAAAUCUUCAGAAAUUUUCCUGAAACCAAAGAUAUGUGCUCAGGUGAUUCGUUACCAUUUACACUUUUUUCUUACAGAUUGUUACUGUACCUUACUUAGUAUUGUCUAUUUUGUAAAGUGCUUUCUGACUUAUAUCAUAUUGAGAAAGUUUUGACUACUU